GCGGCCGGCAGUCGGCCGCCGGGGCGUGGCGAGCGCAGGCCGCAACAAUGAGACAGAACAACCAGCAGCCGCAGUACGAGCCGGACCUGGCCGGAAGUGAGCCGGCGACCGGAAGCCCCACCCCGCCGCCGGCGGACAAGCGCGGCGGCGAGCCCGACAGUUUGGGACUGGCCGUCGGCGAGCGGGCCCCGUCGGCGCCCGCCAUGGACGAGCCCGUCCACCUGCCGCAGAACUUCGUCGUCAAGUACCUGGGCAAGCGUGACGCCGAGAAGCUGUGGGGCAUCAAGUACACGCGCGGGCCGGUGGACGAUAUGGUGGCGGCGGCCAAGGCGGUGCGGCCGGGCCAGACGCUGCCGCUUCUCCAGCUACACGUCUCCAGCGAGGGCGUCACCAUCAGCGAGAUGAAGCAGAACCUCAACAAGAAGUUCGAGGCCGGCCACCACCCGAUCGACGUCAUCUCGUACGGCGUGCAGGACAUCAGGCACCCGCGUGUGUUCGCCAUGAUCCUGGUGCGGGAGAGCACCACUUCUCCGUUCGAGUGUCAUGCGUUCGUCUGUGACCGUCGCGAGAGCGCGCGUAAACUGACUUUCGCGCUGGCCACCGCCUUCCAGGAGUUCAGCAAGCGCGUCAAGAGUGCCGAGGAGCCGAAAAAGUUCGCCAUCGACCUGCGCUCGCCGGACGAGAUCGAGGCAGAGCUGCGCGGCCAGCAGGCUGAGGCUGAUUCGGAGGCCUGACUGGGCCGUGCCCUCCACCUCCAGCGCCAGCGAUGUAGCCGUUCCGGAUGGCAGCGGGAGUCAGUCCGGGGCUGCCGUGAGAACGCCUUCGGGGCUGCGGCGAUAUUUCCCCUCGCAGUCAAGAGCAGACCGCUCCCGGUCGGAUCACGCUCUGUCAAGACGACCCCCGGCGGCGUCGGGACAUGGCUCUGGCGCCGCCGGAAGACCGUCGCGCGGCCAGGUCGGAGCGGGGCACCC